ACACGAAGUCCCUAAUCGGCUGCAAUCUUGUAGCUCCCACCCAUUUUGGAAUAUAUCCAGCCCCAUCGUUUUCCUUGCACGUAUACAGAUAGAGAAAUCCAAAAGGAUUUCAUUUAGAUAUGUUCUUGACUGACUUUCCAUUGGAUUUGACCAAACAGUGAUUAGUAUCCGAACUUGUUUUCACUUAGGAAAGGCAUUUGGGUGGAUGGAAAUUGGAAUAUUAACUUAUUUCCAAUGCCUUUGCUUUGUAGCUGCCUAUUGGCAUAUUAUUAGCUUUUCUCCAUUCUUUUUAUUUGUUUAUUCAUUACUUUUGGUUCCAAUUUCUGCUUGAAAUGAAUUGGGAAAGGAAAAUAGAACAGGGAGGAACAUUACCAAGGAACUGUUUGUUUACAAAGACAUCGAUGGGCUUCCUCUUUGAUUGUCAUAACUUCCAUAGACAAAGCAUUUCUGGUAAUUUUGCACUGAUCCCAUUCCCCACACAAAAGGUGGUGGUAAAGAAAAGUUCUUUUUGUACACACUGCGAUGAUGGCGAUGAUGAUGCCUGCAAUCCCCAACAAACAGCAGCAUCAACCCCCGAACAAAAUUCCUCUCCUUUUCUCUCUCUUGUCCCAUUCCUUUUCGUCUCCCUUCUCCAUCUCAUCUCCCCCAUAAUUGUGUGUGGUUAAUGUUUUCGAUUUCGCCAUGCUAAUCACACCCCAUUAGAACUGAAACUAACCAGCUGCAGCUUGAGGGUAUGGAGAAAAGGUAUGGUUGUUGGGCUGUUUUGACUCGUACUGUUUCUGGUGUUUGCAAAUCCUCUGCUUCCAGAGAUUCUCCCAACACUAUUCCUCGAACUAGCCUAGUUUAUGAUUCUGCUACCGAAACACGGUAUUUAAAUGCUAGCAACAGAGAUCUCUGUACCCUAAAUGAAACUGAGCUAGCCUCUGAUAAUGCCAAUUCAACACGAUCAGAUAACAAAACAACAAGCAAACUUCUUCAGUUCUCUUUUCAUGAGCUCAAGGCUGCCACUGGAAACUUUAGACCUGACAGUAUUCUUGGGGAAGGUGGAUUUGGUUUUGUCUUUAAAGGAUGGAUUGAAGAGAAUGGGACAGCCCCUGCAAAACCUGGAUCAGGGAUUACAGUAGCUGUUAAGAGCAUGAAACAAGAUGGUCUUCAAGGCCACAGAGAAUGGGUGGCUGAGGUUGCUUUUCUUGGACAACUUCACCACCCGAAUCUUGUUAAGCUUAUAGGUUACUGUAACGAAGAUGAUCAACAUUUGCUUGUUUACGAGUUUAUGAGCCGUGGAAGUCUUGAAAACCAUAUUUUCAGAAGGACUAUACCUCUUCCAUGGUCCAAUAGGAUUAAGAUCGCCCUUGGAGCAGCGAAAGGAUUGGCCUUUCUUCAUAGCGGUCCAGUACCUGUUAUCUAUAGAGAUUUUAAGACAUCCAACAUCUUGCUUGAUUCUGAAUACAAUGCAAAGCUUUCGGAUUUUGGUUUUGCAAAAGCAGGACCUCAAGGGGACAAAACACAUGUUUCUACUAGGGUGAUUGGAACAUAUGGCUAUGCUGCUCCUGAAUAUGUAAUGACAGGACAUCUGACAUCUAAAAACGAUGUUUAUAGCUUUGGUGUUGUGCUUCUUGAGAUUGUAACGGGGAGAAGAUCCAUGGACAAAAAACGUCCGAGUGGGGAACAAAAUCUUGUCUCAUGGGCUCGACCAUAUUUAGCUGAUAAAAGAAGGCUAUAUCAUAUAGUGGAUCCCCGUUUGGAAUUCAACUAUUCCAUUAAAGGGGUGCAGAAGGUCUCCCAGCUUGCUUGCAGUUGCCUCAGCAGGGAUCCAAAACUACGUCCAACCAUGGACGAAAUCGUGAAGGUUCUGACUCCACUGCAAGAUCUCAACGAUCUCGCCAUCCUAACGUCUCACUGCCGCUUAUCUUCACAAGGGAGGCGCAAGAAGAAACCUGAUGGCCUCACCUACUCUCAAAGCUUCAGAGCAUCUCCACUGAACACUGGAAAGCAGCAUAUAAGGUGACCAAUCUCUAAUUCCUCUCUGAUGUUGAAAAGUAAACAUAGGUCGGAAAUGUUCGUGCUUGAUAACUGGAUUUGUUGGGAUAAUAUUACAUAUGAACCAUGUUUAUUUCUCUAUAUCAUUCAAAUAUUUGCCAGAACCAGAGGCAGAAUGGGAGUGGAAAUGGGAAAUAUUUAGCUUUACUUCCCAAUUGGAUCUUCUUUUGUGGGUCUGCAUUACCUUACCCUGUUAGUCAUAUGUAACUUACAGCUACACGAGAUCUUCCAGCGUCAUGGUUGUCUAUUUGCAGUCGCUUUCAGUUUCGGUGCUCUUUUGUGGAUGUAUCUUUCUUGAACAUUUAUGGGGAAUAUGAAUGAAGUCUUCCUUUCUUUGAGGAAUUCCACCAUUAA